AUGGCUGAAAUGAGAAAUGCAAAUCUUUCGACUAGCCAUGCCAAAGAAGGCGAAAUUCCUGGCACAGUUGAUCUCCAAGCAAUCGAAGGCGAUUACACCGCCUUUGGAGGCCAAGCACUCUUUCCGGUGCCUGCUUUGGAUCCCAAUGAUCCACUACAAUGGCCGAAAUGGAAGAAGACAACCAUCCUCGUGAUAUGCUGCCUUUACUCGUUUCUCUCGAACACGGCUUUACUGGGACCAUCUGUCUACAUCAGCAUCUACGCCGAUGAGUUCUCCAUCUCGCCUACGACGGCAUCGGGCUUGAUUUCUUACCCAAACAUUCUUUACGGCUGUGGGACUCUGGUCACAGUGCCAAUGUAUCUCAAGUUCGGUCGAAGACCCGUCAUGCUCCUGAGCAUGGCCAUCUACGUGGCGGCCCUGAUAGGCUGCAGCCAAAGUACGAGCUACAGUGGACUCAUGACCGCUCGACUCUUCCAGACCCUAUCUAGUAGCGUUUGCGAGGCUCUACCGGUCCAGCUAGUCAAUGAUAUCUUCUUUCUACACGAGCGUGCAACAAAGUUAGGCAUCUACACGAUUUGCCUCUGCCUAGGCUCGACUGGACCUCUGUACGCCGGAUACAUGCUUGCAGGAGGGCAAAGCUGGCGACUAUACUUCUACGUUGAGAUCGCCUUCGCUGGCUUGCUGCUCAUAAUGACCUUCCUCUUCGUAGAAGAGACCGCAUACAAGCGUCAGUUGCGCGAGCCUUCUCAUCUACCCGCAGAAGCGACAACCAAACCAAAGGCGAAUAUCGAGCAUCUGGAGAUCCAAACACAAGUACCGGCCCGAAGGUCAUUUCUUCAAAGUCUCAAAGUCUGGGGCGGUAUCGACCAUGAUGAGCCCUUCCUCUGGACGGCCAUACGGUCUUUCUCGUACUUCUUGAUCCCUUCGGUCGUUUGGGUUGUGACCACUUACGGCAUUUACAUUGGGCUCGGUGCGCUGGUGUUCAACUACACUUUUCCAAUUGUCAUCGUCGUUCCUCCUUAUGACUGGAGUCAGGAAAACUCAGGCCUCGUCUGCCUAGGCAACGUCAUCGGCUACGCUCUAGCAAUCCCUCUAAUCGGCACCUUUGACAGUCUCGCCGCAUACAAAACACGCAAGAAUGACUCUGUCCGCGAAGCUGAGAUGCGCCUCGGCGUGCUCCUCCCAGCUGCAGUCGUCGCUCCCGCAGGCCUCAUCGUAUACGUUCUGACGGCACAGUAUCAAGCCCAUUGGAUCGGCUACUUCUUCGGAGUCGCAAUGUGCAACUGGGGUGCCUACUUCUAUUUCACCGGCACACUCGCCUACGCCGUGGACUCGUACAAUGCAAAUGUCUCCGAGAUGUUGAUUGCAAUGUGUUGCGGGAAGCAGCUUGUAAGCUUCGCUUUUGGAAUUUACUUGCUCGACUGGAUCGAACAGCAUGGCUAUGCUGUGAUUAUCGCCGGAGUCUUCUGUGCCGUGCUCUUCGUCAACAACUUCUGCGUUAUCAUCUUUAUGUUUUGGGGCAAGGCCAUCAGACGCUUUUGGGCUGGGACCUGGCUUGCGAAGAUGCAUCAGAGCAGCAUUCGGGAGAUGAUGAGCCAUUGA